CUAGUGUUUCAAUGUCAGUUCACCUUUGCUGUUUUUUUCCCAUUUGUAGCAGGACUUCAUCAUGGCAAACUCCUGGUCAGGAGGACCAACAGCAGGGUGAAGUGCAGGGCGUUUGGUUUCUGCUGCUUUUGGCAGAUUUUCUUCUGCACUGGCAACGUCUGUGAAUCAGUUUUACUUAUUUCUGGGGCUUAAUACCCACACACGUCAGAGUCAUCCUUCUACAAACUAAAUUGUCCCAGGAGCUAUCUAACAGCAUUUGAUGAAUCUCUGCACAGCCUGAGAGAUAAAUUAUGGAUGCUUUUGAGGGAAUUCACAGCGUCCAGAUUUCCUCUUCUCCACCUUCAACUUCAUCGAGCCCGGGAUAUGAAGUCCUCAAGGCGGGGAUAUCUGGGAUUGCAGUAUACUCCUCUGCAGUCUUCUUUGGCACACAAAAUGUGUCUACUGUCAGGCACAAGUCCAGCAAGGUCACCGAGGAGGAAGGCUGUGUUGUUGGACAGUUGGUAGAUCUGGAUCCAGAGCCAGAGACCAGAAUGGAGGGAGGAGGCCAGGUCGGGCCCACCUCAAUCCGAGGCCAUGGCCAGCUCUCCCGGCUUCGCAGCUCCUCCCUGGAGAUCAGGGAAAAAGGGUCAGAAAUCCUCAGGGAACAGCUGGAUGCUGCAAAGAAGGAACUGAAACUAAAGGACAAGGAGUGCGAGCGUCUGUCGCAAGUUAGGAAUCAGCUGGAGCAGGAGCUAGAGGAGCUGACAGCCAGUCUGUUUGAGGAGGCUCACAAGAUGGUGCGUGACGCUAACGUGAAACAAGCAGCUUCAGAGAAACAGCUCAAGGAGGCUCAGGGGAAAAUUGAUGUUCUGCAAGCAGAAGUGACGGCACUCAAGACUCUGGUGUUGACGUCCACACCUUCUUCACCAAACCGCCAGCUGCAUCCACAGCUGCAAUCUUCGGGUACCAGGGGAUCGUACAAAACGCACAUCCGGAACAAGAGCGCCAGCGGUGCAUUUCCACUCUCACCUGCAAAAAAAGAAGUUUCCUCAGUUUCCAUUCAGCCUGUGUCCAAAGAGGACCGAGAGCCUGCUGCUCCUGCCCUCCUCUCUCUGAUCUUCUGUCUGAUACCUGGCCAGUCUGUCAGUAUGACCUAUGACCCUCAAUGGCAAAAACAGACAGAGGGGAUAGGCACUGAUGGCAGACAGAUGGACUCCAUUUUGUUUGCUGAGUUUUUGAUGUGGAAGGAACGCCCGAGUCUGGACCGCUCCUCUGCCUUCCUGAGUCGUAUUUACAGAGAAGACAUCGGGCCAUGCCUCUCCUUCACGAGAUCAGAGCUGUCCCAGCUGGUCCAGAGUGCAGUGGAGAACAACUCUCUGACCAUCGAGCCUGUCGCCAUGUCGGCAGUACCGAUGGUUAAAGCCUCAGCUAUAGAGUGUGGAGGUCCUAAUGGCUUUAGGGCUGCAGUAGAGACAAAAUGUGCAUUAAGUGGCCUGUCACGGCUUUGCAAACAUCGCAUUAAACUUGGCGACAAAGAGAGCUACUAUUACAUCUCACCUUCCAGCCGAGCACGGAUCACGGCUGUCUGCAAUUUCUUCACUUAUAUCCGCUACAUCCAGCAGGGCCUGGUGAGACAUGAUGCGGAGCAGAUGUUCUGGGAAAUCAUGCGUCUUCGUAGAGAGAUGAAUGUGGCCAAAUUAGGUUUCUACCUCACUGACCAGGGCUAGGCCGGUACCUGGAACACCCAACAAGAAAGCAUAGCAGUUACAGCCUUGGGUAACUGUGGCAACGCACACGUCUUUGAUCAGGUUGAACAGUGCUGCAGCAAAGGUCACCAACAAGGGAAGCAAAACGUGUUCGUCACUUUUGGAAAUGCAAUAAAACGAUUAGAAUCAAACCAGCA